AUGGCGCUGCUCGGCGUGCCCCCGGCCGCAAACCACAUCACACACACCUCAGCAUUGUUGUACAGAACAGCUGAUCUAGAUGCGUGGAACAGAACAGAGAGGCGUCUCGGUCUACCCGAUGCACCUGUCUGGCUUACAGCAACAUUGUAUACAGCCAGGUUUUCAGCCAAAGAACUGAGCGACCUCGUCUACGAGCGCUUCAACAUCGUUCCGGAGGGCUAUAAACACAAACAGCAGUGCGUGUAUUGGCUCAUGGAAGCGGACAAAGUCGAUGGCAAAAGAUGGACAGGUCCUUUCCGCUUUCUGGACCUGGCAGCGGAGAUGCGCAACUGGAUUUACACUCUUCUAUUGAGCAUGCCGAAAGCGACCAAUGCAGUAGAUUGGUUCACUACGCGCCGCUGUUACCCUUCGAUAUUGGGCGUGAGCAAGCAGCUGCAGCGAGAAGGCACAGGCAUACUCUAUAAGGGCAACACGCGGGAGAUAGCCAUUGCCUGCGGUUCCGAGCGCUUGUUACGGGAUACUACCGCACAUUGCAAUAUCAACCGCGUAGGGGAGAGCCUGGUCACUAUCGGUUCGGCAGUCAAUGGACUCAUCGACAGAUGGUGUAAGAUAGAUCCACACAUUCACAAGUUCCAGAAGCUUUCUAUCAGCCUCGAACUCAAUGCUGGCGUCUCGCGUUCAACUCGUCGUCGUGCAAUAUGGCGAGCGACGCGUCGGGGGCAUGCUGUCGAGUCUUGUGUCGCAGCCAGUCGUGUUUUGGCUCGUAUAGCUUCACAGCUGGUCAGCAGCAAAGCACUCACAUCCAUCGAACUCCAUCUUACUGUCACUCACAGCAAAACUUCCUACGCCUUCAAUAUGGCAAUGCACGAUGCAAUGCUCCAGAAGACUUUGUGGCCUUUGACUGUCCUGGGACGUGGUCGAACUGUAAAGGUUACAGGAGUUUCUGCUCCCAUCCAAAAGUACAUCCAGGAACACGCGGCGAGAGACAUUGAAGCCACCCUCCUCCCUACAGUACGCCUGUGCGAGACUGCAGUACAGCUCCGUGCCGCCCUCUAUAGGCUCAGCCGCGGAAUGCAUUUAGACGAACACCCGAGACAUCGCGAGUGUCUUCAGCUCACGAGAUUGCUUUCUUUGCUCUUUAAUGAGACUCGAUAUGUGGACGCGAAACUCGUGCAUCGGUUGGCUCAUGCUACUCGAGAAUCUCAGGCGUUUCUAGGAAGCGCGGAUGUGGCGCAGCUGAAGGAAAGAUGUCUGAGUGCGGGAUGUUUAGCGAUGGCUGGAUCGUGGUCUGAGGCUGUUACUACUGUCGUUGCUGCUGCUACUACUACUACUUGGAAUCGAGAGAACCUGGUUUCGUACCUCGGGAAUUGCAACAACUGCCCUCGUCGACUCCUUUCUCGCAGCGAUAAGCUCAUAGUAACUAGACUUAUACCUGUACCUAUACAGAAGGCUUAUGUCGCGACGGUCAAUUCCCUGGACUAUCCCCUCGACGAUCUAUCAGACUUUCCGCAUGCUGGCGCGAAUUUCGUUAAGCCAGCAGAUUUGCCAUUAUGUUCUUGUUUCCGAUAA